AAUAAAGGAAUUAAAAAAGGUUAAAAGGGCAGUAGGUUUUGUAUCUUUAAAACCUUCGUACCAAAAACCAGAAACACUGAAUUCUCCUAUUCGAGCGAUUCUUUGUCUGAGAGUUCUAUUGAACCCAGCGAUUCGACUCGGCCAUGGCGGUUCGGUUCAAAUUCAGGAGUUCUGCGAAUUUCGACUCGGUAGACAUUGGAGGACCUUCCGUAUCGGUUCGUGAUCUGAAAUCCAAGAUUAUUCGCCACAAGAACCUUGAUAUCUGCCAAGACUUGGAUCUUCUAUUCUCUGAUGCCCUCACUGGUCAAGAGUACACUGACGAGAAAUUUCAAAUUCCGAGCGGUUCAAGUGUGAUAAUCAAAAGAGUGCCUGCUGGAUCAGUUCCUUCCAAUAUGGCAAACUUUAACUCGUUUGAGACUCUUCAAAACAAGGUCACUAGGAUGGUUAGUUCAACUCUUCCAGCGAAUAUUGAAUUGGACAAUUUUGAUGACUUUGGGGUUGACUUGUAUCCUGUUCCUGAGGCGACCUUAUCUUGUGCUGAUCUUGAUACUGACAAGAAUGCAUGCACUGGCAGUGAUGAGAAAAGUGAUUAUGUUGCAAGAUGUUCUAAGCCAUGUACGGAAGGAUAUCAGAAACUUGAAGAAAGUGACCUUAGUGAGGCUAUUCCUAGAGUAUCAGGUCCUGCACAUGGUGAAAUUGAAGGGAAUAUGUCCCAGGAAAAACCAACGCAUAAAGUUGAAGAAGAUACAAACAUAGAAAAAGUUGUUGAUACCAGUCCUCCAGCCAUGCAAAAUGUUAACUUGCCAUCAGAGCUAAAGUGCUCUCUUUGCGAUUCAUUUUUUAAGGAGGCUGUGAUGAUACCUUGCUGCCAGCAUAGUUUUUGUCAGAAAUGUAUUCGUCUGGUGCUGCUUGAGAAAACAAGGUGUCCCAAGUGUUUUUCUACUAGAUGCAGAGUAGACGAUUUGCUACCAAAUGUAUCUCUCAGGCAAGCAAUUGAGCAUUUCCUUGAGUCCCAAAUUCUAACCACUGGUUCAGGCACUGCCUUUCAUCAAUAUGCUCCAGAUGGUGAAUCUGGAAUUCAAGCAAAAGAUGUGUCUUGUGGUGUAAGUAUCUUUCAAAGAGAGCUAGAGCCCCAUUCUCCCUCUACAACAGGGAGGGGAUCCAAUCAAAAUAUGGUAGAAUCUGCUUAUGACCUACUGAUCAGAAACAAUGCGUCUACGGGUGGCAAUAAUUCUCGUGUCAAUGUGAAUAAUCCUUUGAAAGCACCUCAUUUGCCACACAAGAUAAAUCAACAUGGUUCUUGUCUUCCUGUGGAUAUGGAAAAUAGACAUGGGGACUUGGCUGCUUUUGAUGACUUUCAAGGAGAAAGUCAGCCCACCCAUUUUGAAGCUGAAUCCAAUCUCAAGAAAAAGAAGGGAUUUUGGGUUAAUAGUACUGCAGAUAGAGACAGGACUUUCUUGGAGAUUGGAAGACACAAAAAGGGGGACCGUACGUGUUACAUGUGUGGUUCACCAGACCAUUUUGUAAGGGACUGCCCAGCUGCUUCCAGUCCACAUCAGAGAGGAAGUGCUAUGUUUCCAGGAGUUAUGCAGGGUUAUGCACGACCAUUUUGGAAUGGGACCCCCUUGUCCCAUAUCAGGCCCUAUGGGAACCUAUAUUGCAAUGCUGGGAUGAUGCCCUUUAAUGCAACCAUGGUCCCCGCUGCCCCUUAUGCUGUUCCUACAUAUAUGCCAUCUAUGUAUGGUGGCUUUCCGGGCUUCAGUGGAUAUGUGACGAUGGGAGCUGUGGCACCUCAACUUGGAGGGAUUGAGAAACACCAUCUAAGUCAUCAAGAAUAUGUGGAUUUUCAAAAUUUUGAAAAGAGACAGAAAAUCUCAAAUGAGAAUAGGAGUAUUUCUUUGCUCACCAGAAAACAAUCUCUCGAUGAUCGUGACGAUGAUGAUAAUUUUAGUAAUGGGCACCCGUAUAAUGAGACAGAAAGAUCAUAUGGCUAUAAAUCUUGUAUAAAGAGAGAAAAAAGUGUAAGCUACUCCAACUCCCGUUUUACUCAGAGGUCACAGAGGAAAAAUCUGCAUGAUUAUUAUACAGAUCACGACAACUCGGAUGAUGACAGACUUGAGAAGAGUUCUCAUUCUUCAAUUGCUGUUAGGGAUCGGAGGUCAUAUCAUCACCUGGAAAGAUCAAGUUCAGAAGUAGAAGAUAUGCCCAGUUGCCCCAAGUUGCAUAGGAAAAAGAGGCACAAAUAUCAUCAUAGAAGCUCCAAAAAGCACAGUGAAAGAAUAGAUAAGUGUGGUAGUGAUUCUAGUCGGAGUCAUCAUCAAACUCAUAAAGAAAAAGAAGUUGACAGGAAGAGAAAUAGGCCUGACGACAAAAGGCACAAUUACAAAUGUCACAGCCACACAGAAUCUGGUGUGGACCAAAGUCUUUCCAUUGAUCAGAAAAGGCGACAGAAAGAGAGCAGUCACACCUCCAGACAUUCUAAGCACAAUCCAAAGUCUGGUACUGAUAAUCUGAGUCAUGACAGGUGGCAGAUGGUUAGUGGAUCCGAUAAGGAUAGUGGAGAACAGUAUCAUUCUUGUAAACGGAAAAGAGUUCAUUAAAAGAAGCAGCGAACCGGACUGAGCUUGAGGUCUGGAUGCUUGCAAACAAAAGUUUUAACCAGAGCAGCAUCCGUAAAUUUAAUAUAGGGUUUGGAGCAUUAUGCCGUGCCUAAACUUCUCUUUACAGAGAUUGUUGCUGCUGGUGAAGGUAUGUUUUCCUUUCAAAAAAAAAAAAUAUAAUAAUAAUAAUAAGAAUAAUAAUAAUAAUAAAUUAAAAAAAAAAAAAAAAAA